AUGCAUACUCUUAGCUGCUUGACCUCUCUGCUGUGCAGGGCCCAGCGCCAGGUUGAGUUUGACCAAGCUCUGGACUAUCUUACAGGGGACGCCACGGUAGGCCUCGGCGAGGAUUCAGAGCUGGACGGCUCAGGCUCCACAUCGUCUCAGUCUGUAGACUCACUUGCUUUUGACCAAACCCAGAUCGGCGUCUCUCAGUGGCUUAGAGAGGUCGAGGCCGCAACAGGUACUCUCAGAGCCCGCAACCCGGAUCCAGCCUCGGCUUCACCCAGUCAGGACUUGCCUUCUAGUAGUCAUGCCGGAAACCAGUCCAGAUGGUCUCAUUCUACAGACUCGCUUGCACAUGAGGGGCCGCCAAAUGACUUUUCUUUCUGGGACCGAGAGACCGAAACCGAAACAGGUAGCCCGCCAUCCGAGUCCAACAGCGAGAGCAUCUCUUCUAGCGGUGAGUCGACGCAUGGAGAAGCUGCUGGAGACCUAGACGGUGAGCAUGAUACGAGAGAAAUCCCCCAAGUUAACCACGUCGCUUUAGCCUUGCUGGUGAGCAGGGACGAUAGUACUCUUGCCAGGCUGCACGGGGAUGAGCACCCCGAAUUCCACCUGCCAACUCCCGCUACGUUGUUGAGCCGUAGAGCCACCUGGCAUGGGGAUGAGACUGGAACGGCUCAAGCUUUGGAGGUGUAUGAAUAUGGCCCAGGUGAUGCUACAGUUGUCCAGAUUAGUGCAGCCUCAGGGGCUGGCGAAGUUCCUGCCAGGAACGACCCCAAGCGCCAGGGUGGAGUUUGGGAUGUCAAGUUUUGA